CUAGCUUUGGAAAAGCGCCGUUCUUCCCUAUUGCAUCCCCCGCAGCUUCAGGUAUUCCUCUCUCUUCUCUAAGCCUCCAUCUUCAGUCUGCGUGUCUUCCUCUCGCAGCUCUCAUCAAAUUAUUUAAUCACCACGUUUUUCUGACCCUUCACCCAAUCGCACGAAACCAAUCGCCAUCUUCACAUCGCCUUCUUCUUCCGGUUCCGAUCGCCAAUCGACAGGUAUUAUUGAUUGGAAGCAGAUAUUAGAUGAUGGCCAAAGAAGAUAAUCAGUCUCGAAGAGAACGCAGGAAGGAAGCUCGGUUAUCAAAGAACAAGAAGAAAUUUGAUUCGUGGCUCCAACAUCAUAAAAAAUCAUUGAAACAUGAAAAGAUUGAACUGGGGUUGGUUGUCCCAAAGAAUAGUAUGGAUUUGCUCAAGGACUCUGAUAUUGCACCAGGAUAUGACAUUGAUUCUUCCCAUGUAUUGGAAAGCUCUAAGGCUCAAAAAAACAAACUCAAAAGGAAAUGUGACUUAUUAAGUUCAAACACAAAAGUCAAUGAAUGUGUGGCAAUGAAUAUGAAGGGAGGGGUUACUUUUGCAGAAGAUCAUAUGGUAUCAAAACGGACAUUAGAAAAGAAACCCAAAGAGAAGCGUGUCAAAAUGGGUAGUGAUGGUGAUAUUAAUGUAGCCGGUCAAAUAGAGGAGUUUCCAAAGGGUACAAAGAGUCACUCUUCAGGCAAGAUAGGCACGAAGAAGAAACAAUCUUCAGAUGCGAAUGCAGUGGAUAAACUACCUGGCAGAAGGGUUAAAAAAUCUGUUUCUCUGCCGUCAAAGGAGUUAGCUAAGAAAAAUAGAAACAAAACAAGGUUUGAAGAGUUGAUUGAAUCCGAAAAGGGUGUAAUUCCAGCUGAAGAGGAUCUGGAUUUGGAAAAAGAGCUUGCGAAGAAACUGAAGGUGAAGGGAGGGAAAUUAAAAGGAGAUGAUGACGGCAUUAAUAUGUUAUUUGAUGACAUUCCUUCUGUUCUUGAAUUGAUUGAGGAUCAAAAGCUCCAAAGUGCAGAAAAAAGUGAUAUGAAGAUCCUAGACAAAACGUUGCAUAAAAAAUCUAAAAACUCUAAGUCAAUCAAACAAAAGCAGUUCAUAGAAGGAGAGCAAGAGCAGGAUCUACAGUUUGUAAAUCCAACUGACAGAGCUUAUGAAGCAUCUUCCCCACCAGUAACUUCUGGUACUAAUGCGGAACCGGGAAAACUGUCUGCUCAGUCUGCACUUGGAGGAAACAUGAAAUAUAUUGCUCCUCACAAAAGAUUUCAAAUGGGAAGCGAAUCACAAGACAGUGCUCAAAUUCGCAAACAAGUCCGAGGUCUCUUGAAUAGGCUAUCAGAAUCAAAUGUGGAAUCAAUCACAGACCGCUGGUCGCUCUCUUUGUUCAUCCAUUAUAUCUGAAGAGGUUUUGGCUUCAUGUUCGGGAGGUCCACGUGGCAAUGAACAGUUAAGAAUCACACUCUGAGGAUUUUCUGUUUUUUCUUUUCAUCAUCAUUUUUCUUUCUGGACUGUAUACCCAUUUCUUUUACAUACAAAAUAUUUUCAGCGUCGUGUGGAUCUUUUGAUAGCCUGUGUUUUAAUUUGAAAAAUAAUUAAAAGUUGUAACUUGGGACUCAUUUCCAACCAUUUCACUCACAUCACAACUAGACACUAUUUUUAUCAUUUAGCACUUGAUUUUUUCCCAUGAAGCUGCAACAACAACAACAACCCAGUUGGAUCCCACACGAGUAGGGUGUUUGUACGCAGACCUUGCCGACCCCAACUCAGCUGCAUAGAUAAAAAGAUCGCAGAAGAUACAUAAAGCAAAGAAUGGGCGGAUAAAGUACAAAACACAGAGAGACAACAACAACAACCCAGUUAAAUCUCACAAAACACAGAGAGACAAAGAACAAAUUAUGGGUAACAGAGGAAAGUACUGCAAACAGAGAACACCAAGCAUACAAGGCAUACCAAGCACACAACAAGUACAUAAAGCUCCUCUUAGCUUAAAACGCCCACCCAACUACUCUAGUCCUAGCUUUUCAAACACUCCUAUCUAAGACCAUAUCCCCAGUAAGGGCAAGAAGACCCAAUCCUUUCUAAUCACUUCCUUCCAGGUCUUCCUAGGUCUACCCCUUCCCCUACUCCCACCUACUAGCCUAAGCCUCUUUCAUCUUCGCACAGGAGUGUCAACAUUCCGUUGCCACACAUGCCCAAACCAUCUCAACCUAGCUUCGCACAACUUGUCUUCCAUG